AAUUAUCAAUUCAAAAACCCAAAAAAAGGGUAAAAUCCUGACAAAAAAAUUUUGUAGUUGUAGUUGAACGAUAGGCAAAAAGAAUUAAGUUCCUCUCAUUUUUAAGAUGUCUUCAUCAAAUCCUUUCAGUGCUUUGCUGGAAGAUGAUGAUAGGAAACGUAGACCUCCUUUGAGCAACAUACUAGAAAGCAUAUUCGAAUUUACGUUGGACCCGAACAAAACCCAGUUUUUGUACUUGAAGGAGGUGCACAAAGACUAUAACAAAACUGAACUGGAUGUAACUUUGUUGGAGUAUGCCCUUUUCGAAAGAUUGCUUAUGUUUAAUGAUGGUUCGCACCAGGAUGGUAGCAAAGAAGACACGUAUGCCGGAAGCAAAACCAUCAUAAAUUAUCUGUACCACUGUUAUGUGAAACUUAACGAAAAGAAAUUUGAUUUAGGAGCAUUAGAAUUAAGUCAAAUUAGAGAUAAGAUUAUACAGAAUUUUGCGACGUCAAUCAUGCAGCCGAACUUGUACACGGGGCAAGAUGUGGAAGGCGAACUGUUUAACAUUAUAAGAUUUGAACUGCCGAAUGCAGUUGAAUUUUUCCUAAGGGCCAGCAAAAAAGUUAUCGAGGAUGAUGCCACUGGUUUAUGCUUGAAAACUUUUAUCAAGCGAAUGAAUUCUAAACACCUACACCUGAUCCUUCAAAAUGACGUGGUGCUCUUUGAUAUGUCCAUAUUCAGUUUUUUGGAGGUGAUGUUCAGUCACCAAAUUCUGGGAGAUAUUUACGUCGAUAUCUGCCUGCCUACAAAUUCCGGACCAGGUAGUAACUUUGCUAAAACAACCAUCGGGGCCAUUUUGAAUAUGUCCAUUCUGGACAAGUCCCGUCCUGGCAAGUUGGAUUAUUUUUACAAUUCCAUUGAUGAGGUGGCCGUCAAAAACCUUCAAGAUAACCUGUGGGGAUUUUUAGACAGAAACAAUCAACGCCUGGCCCAAGUCUUCCAUAUCGCGCUCAAGUGCAGCCCGGUGGUUAGGGAAAAACUCUUGGUUUGGAUAGCGAAUUGCCUGGGCAAGAAUGCCGGACGAGGGAAAAUUUCUCAUGUUGAAAUGUUCCAGGUUGAUGACCAUUUGGACUGUGUCAAUGAUGGUUAUAUGGUGAAUUUGGCAAACGUUCUCCUGAGGUUGAGCAAACCAUUCUGCGUAGAUAAAAAGAUUCUGAAGGUCGAUCCUACGUACUGCGCCGUUACUAAUGAUGACCGCCUGAAAAAGGGUGUCAGGUUGCCAGACCUGUCGAAGGAGACAUGUUUUUUGCCAGUCGACUCGACAGAAGGUGUGGAAGAAGUAAGACCGACAGCAGAGGACUACAAUUUUAUUAGCGAGUGUUUCUACAUGACACAUCGGGCAAUAGAUUUGGGUGUAAGAGUGGCAAUAGAUAAGUUCUUCAGAAAACAUAAGGAGAUGGUAUUAUAUGAAAAUUUAUUCGCUAAUGGUGUCCUGGAACGCCGAAUGACCGAACGCACAGAAUUACUGAAGUUGAUAAUACAGGAGUGUUUGUCGCUGAAAUGCGUUCUUACUGAGCCGGUUCUGGUAGAGAAUAUGUUUGAUUUCACGUCGGCAACAUGUUUGUGGUUAUGCCAAAUAGCUGUACAUAACGAUUUCAAAGAUUCCAAGAAAUAUGCUCCCAUAACAGAAAUGCCAAUCAACUUUCCACUUCCAGAUGAGGCUCCGGAUACAUUGAAAUGUGUUCCAGAAUUCAUCAUAGAAAAUAUAGUUUCGUAUCUGGUUUUCAUAACUCGCAUCGCACCACGCUCGUUCGAUCUGCAACCCUAUGAAAAGAUGACUCCUAUUCUAAGCUUCGUCUUGAUCUAUAUGGGCUCCAAACGGUACAUGAAAAAUCCCCACAUCAGAGCCAGACUGGCUGAAUGUAUGGAAUGCCUCUUACCGCAAGACAAUUCAAUGAAUUUGCAUACUCAAAAAAUGUUUAGAGAACAUCCUCAUCGGCUGCAGAUUGUGCGCAGUCUAAUGGACGUUUAUGUUGCUAUAGAAACAACGGAGUUCGAACAAAAAUUCAAUUAUCGUAGGCCGAUCUACUCUGCUUUCAAAUGCAUUUGGGAGUAUGAGGAAUUGAGGGAAUGUUUCCGAUUGGAAGGAAAAGAGGCUGAAAAGAACAUCGAGGCUACAAACCAACCUCUGUUUCUUAAAUUCAUUAAUUUGGUCAUCAACGACGCUAUUUAUUUACUGGACGAUGCCUUGAUGAACUUAGCUAAAUUGAAGGAAAUGCAACAAGCAAGGGAUAAUCGCACCAGGUCGAAUGAUGAAGAAACAGAGCAAAAUGACAGAGAACUAGAACAGAACGACCGUUAUAUGGAGCAUUUGUCGAAUCUCAUCAAAUUCGACAAUUUGAUGGGCAGAGACACGAUCCUGACGUUAGAAAAGUUGACUUCGGACAUGUCUUCCAUUUUCACGCAUUCAACUAUGGUGGAUAGGAUAGCGGCCAUGUUGAAUUACUUCCUUCUUAAGUUGGUAGGGCCUCAGCAGAAAGACUACAAGGUGAAGAACCCCGCAUCAUACGAAUUCCACCCGGCUCGAAUCGUCCAGCAGAUUUGCUCGAUCUACGUCAACCUCAAAGACGACGAAUCGUUCUGCGCGGCGAUAUCGCGCGACGGCCGCUCGUACAGCGCCGAGCUGUUCGUGCUGGCGCAGAACGUACUCGCGAAGACGACGGGUGGGGGCGCGCUGAUCGCCGCGCUCGAAGAAGUCGCUUCGAAGGCUGCCGCGAAGGCGGAACAGUUGAAGGCGGACGACGCUGCAUUGGCGAACGCACCCGAGCGUUUCUUUGAUCCAAUCAUGUCGACGCUGAUGAACGAUCCGGUCGUGUUGCCGAGUUCGAGGCAGACGGUGGAUAGGAGCACGAUCGCGAGGCAUCUUCUAAGCGACCAAACGGACCCUUUCAACAGGUCUCCCCUUUCUUUGGAUCAAGUAGAACCUAACGUUGAGUUGGCUGAAGAAAUUAAAAAAUGGAAAAAAGAAAACAAUGUCAGUUGAUUCUUCAGGAGUCGAUAAUGUAAAUAGUGUUUAAAGAUGUGAUGUGUAUAAUCAUUCCAAGUACAAAAUGUUUAUGAAUUUAGUGUGAUUGUUUUUGAACAUGGUAUUUAAUUUUUUUUUUUCUCCCAGUGUUAUUUCAAUUUUAUGAAUGCUUUUAAAGCACUUUUUACAAAUAUUCGAGUUAUUUAUUAUGGAUAAAACAGAUUGAACUGUAUUAAUAUUUCUUCACAAUAAACCAUAUUUAUCAUGAAAUUAAUAUAAUUGAGUUUAUUGCUUCGUGAUAUAUUAUUUUGUUGAUAGGAUUAUGCACAGGAAAUCAAAUAGUAGUAAUUCGCUUUACCUUCUAGCAUACUAUUGAUAUACACAAAUUUUUACUUUGUUAAAUGUGCCCUUAUCGUGGUGAUUGUUAUAAAUAAAAAUAUAUGAACAAA